CGUCCCGGAGAGCAGGAGCGCUGAGCUCAGGAGAGACAUGGGAGUGAAGUAAAAGCGCAGAAGCCCGUGGGAAUAUCCCGGGAAGAGCUUCCCCUACAUCUCCGGCCAUGGAGAGGGAUGGAGGGAGCAGGGCGGAGGGAAGCGGAGAGAUGGAGCACACGCACCUUCACCUCACCUGCCUGCCGGAGAGAUACAUGAAGGCCAAGUUCUCCCUCUCCGCUUACAUCUUCUGCUGGGCUGUAGUGAAGCUGUGCCAGCGGAGAUUAAGACCGUCUCCGGCUCUGACACAGGCCCCACCUGUUGAGGAUGUUGCCGCUGAAGCUGGCUGUUCGGGAGACGGUGAGUCACAGCAGGAGGAGAACGCAGACCAUCGGGAAUGGACUGAACCAGCACUGGAGGAAUCACAGGACACGACAGAGGAUUAUUUCGAAACCCGUUCGUGCUACAGCGACACUUUCUCGGACUUCAGCCACGAUGCUGAUGAUUGCUUUCGGACGCCUCUUAGCUCAGAGGCUGGCUCUGUCGCUGGUGCUCAUUUGGACUCUCCUAAGCACUCCUUUGGCAUCAGAGAGCAGCUUCCUUCUUGCGCAGAAAGGCAUCACGCGACCUCUGAUGGUCUCCAGCGGGAAACAGAUGGAAAGCAUCCCAGGCCGGAGCCACGUGUCACUGAAAAAUCAGACACUGUGCCAUUGGCGAGCGAGUGCAGUGGGAUGACUUUAGAUGUUCCAGGGCGUGAUGAAGCUGGAGAUUGUUCUCUUACGGGCUCAUUCAGGGAAGCUGGACUUCCUCCUCGCUCAGAGGUGAGCGCGGCCGGCCCAGCGACAGCCUGUUUUGCAUCAAAUGACUCGCAGCUUUUCACAGAGCCUGUUUCUAAGAGCCCAUUUCCAAAGACACUGACCCACAGUGAAAAUGAAUUAGAGCUCCUGUCAGGUGACAGUUUUGAAUUGGCUGUCAUAAGGAGAAAUGAGAAAGAAUCACAAGAUGUACUUGAUAAUGAAAGUGACACUGAAACAGAGUUGAUUUCAGAGUCGUUAAAGGAGGUGACCUGUUCAGAGAAACCCGAGUCACUCCGACAGCGUGAGCUGAAUCACCCUGAUUCAGAAGUCUGUUUACAAGAGCCACAGCUUGAUAUGACAGAUACAAAUGUGGUGGAGUCUCUGGAACAGUUUAAUGAAGCUGGUGCGGAGAUCUCAGUAGCAGAUAGUAAGCUUUGUGCCAAGUGUGAAUGCGAUCAGCAGAACAAUGUCGACUCCUGCUUUCCACAUUCAGUAAGUAAGGACACUUCUCAACACGAACACUUACAACAGGUCAGUGAUGAACCUGGAGAGGAUGAUAACCUUCUACAUUCAUCUGACAGCUCCACUUUCCCUCCUGAGGAUCUACCACCUUUCCAAAAGGAUAAUGAACAGUUUUGCAGGGGUUGCGAUAGUGGUGGUCUAAAUUAUAAUGAGGAGAGUUUCUCAGAAGCUCCAGAUAGUGAUCACUGUUCAAUCGAGGGCGGUCCCUCAAGCCUGUGCUCUAACAAUUUUGUUUUGUCACAUUUGCCAGUCGAUGAACACGUUUUGGACAAAAUAGACACAUCCUGCACUGCCCAUAGUGAGAUUCUGUCCAAAAAAGAUGCUGUCACCUAUGUUCAUUGCACUCAAAGCCAUCUGCAAGAUGGUGCUCUAGAUUGUACUGAACCCAAGUCGAAGGUUAGUGAGCAAAACAUUAGCAAAAAAGGACAAAGUCACAGAGAAGAGAAAGUCAUUGUAGGUGCAGACUGGAUCACGUUUAAAAGCACUGAUUCUGAAGAAGGUACCUCACUCAGUGCCAUUCUGAGGACUCCUGCAGGCAGUGACAUUUCAAAAAUGUCAAAUAGCACCACUCCAUGUCCUAAAACAUGCUCUGUGAAGGAAUUCACCAUCAUUCCACAGAAGGAACAGGAGGUAAUUUAUUCUGACAACUCAGACUACGGUGACUCUCAUGUGAUGCUGUCUAAAGAGGUAGAAAGUGUUGGCUUUGGUUGUGCAGUCGACAGCCCUGUAGAUCGACCUCCAGGUCUGUUUGAAUCUGUCCUGCAAGAAUCUGUAACGGCUCCAGUUAGUCCGACGGACGUCUGCUUUGAAUUUAGGGAUGACCUGCCUGCGAACUGUACACAAAUCGCAAGCUGUGAUUUAGUUAAUCUGCCUGACAUGGAUGAAGGGCUCAACAAGAUACCGGUGUAUCCAAAACAGUCAAAAGCCAAACAGUUUGUGGAAGAAGAUCUGGCUGAAUCACAUGAAAGGGCCCAAGCGAUUAACAUCGCAAAUGAUGCAAGCUCUGAUUCUUGUACGCAAGCACAGUCUGACUUGGAUUGCGCUGUAACAUCAUUAUGUCGUGGUGCAACUCCCAGAAAAAGCAGGGAUUAUGGUUCAGACACUAACAACAACAUAAAGACUGUUACCUCUGAGACGCCAUGCAUUGUACUCUGUGCUGCUUUAGAGCAGAAACCCACUCAAUUGGAGUGGAAUCAUGGCCAAUCGUUCUCAGAGGUAGACAGCUAUUGUGUGGACGGUGACAUUAAUGAUGGUACAAACAAGAACAUAAAGAUUAUCGCACCUAUUCCCCUCGAGACACCACUCACUUUACCCAGUACAGCGGUAGAGCAUGAGCGAGGUAAGUUUAACUGUGAUCAUGGCCAACCAUAUUCUUACUCUCACUGUGAGGACAGUGACAUUUAUGAUGGUGCAAACAAUGACAUAAAUACUAUCCCGUCUGUCCCCGAGACACUAUGCACUUUAUUUGACACUGUACUUGAACAAGAACACAGAAGAUAUGAUCAUUCGUUCUCAGAGAAAGACUGUUACUGUGAGGAUAAUGAUGCCUUCACAAAUUUAGCAAAAACGCCCAGCAGCUUCCUCAAGACUUCUGAAUCUGUCACACUGACAGACAACGAAAAUUAUAUUGCUAGCCCUCUUAAUUUAGAGGCUGAUAACAGCUCCGGGUCUGGGUACUCUGCUCAGGAGCAUAUCUGUGAUUACCUUGUUGAGAAGGAGUGCCAGCUGCACUUCUCCGCAGUAGAGGGAGAUCAGACAGCGGGAGUUUUUCAGCUCAAGGUCGUAGACGUCACGAGCCAGGGCAGUUCUGCGGUGCUGUCUCCUUCUGCCUCCCCCCACACAGAUGGCCAGCACAGUCAACUUGUGCCGAUUUUUGGCGAGUCUGAAGUCUCAGAAUGUCCAUGUGAUGUUUCUAUUAACGGACCUGAAUAUCCAGAGAUUCUCAGAGAAGAAGGCAUGUUGCCUGUGAACCGUGCGUUAGAAAGUCCUGAUACAGAUUUCUCUGAUGAAUCUGCCCAAAGUAGUGAUUCUGCUGUCUGUCCAGAAUCCCUGCAACAACAGAGUGGUAAGCUAGAGAUAUACCCGUUUACAGAUGUCAGUGUUGGAAUGCUGUCGGUCACUAAUUUGGAGCCAAUUAUGGAGACAGAUCACUCUCAGGAGGGCUCAUUUUUAAUGCAGAAGGAAAACGAUCUGGAAGUAAAACAGGAUAUUGCCUCAUCUGGACCUGAGGACAACCGCAGCUUAACCACAGAUCCUGCUCACCACUUGUCGCACAAUGGAUUCGCCACCCACAAGGACGAAAACAGUGUUUCGUCUGUAAGAAGAGUUUGUUUUGUUACUGACAGACCGGAAGACGGAAUCUGCGUCACCCCUCUAGCAAAUGGGAAUAUCUCCAACUCUGUGUCUCCAGAACAGGACUUUGUCAGCGAGAUCAGUGAAGUAGAAGAUAGCACUCAGUCUUACGUGGUAAGAAACUGCUGUGCCCAGGUUCCAACAAAGAACAAGGAAACCAAGAGCAGCUCAGGAGGGAAGGGCUCAAGGUUCUCCGUGUUAAAGAGGAUACCCUCUUUCCGCAAGGCCAAGAGAGACCCUAAAGGUGGUAACAAGGUUGAGCCCGAGACCAAGGUGUCUCCAGAGGAUGAGGAAGAAAAGAAGGAGGUAAAGUUUCACAGUUCCCCCCAACAUAACCAAGCCCACCCCUCUCUUCACAGAGCCCAUAUGUCUCAUAGUACGGAACACUUGAGGUAUGUCGAUCACACCAAUGAUGAUAUCUUUGAGAAAGCCUUCGCCUUGACCUGGGAAAACAUGGAGAAGUCUGGACAGUCCAAAUCCACGUCCAGUGUCAAGCAAGCACGGCAGCACAACAGGUACGGGGACCUUCUGCACUUCAAGUCCUCUCCUAUGAUGGAUGGGUUUAGCCAGAAGAGGAGCAAGAGCAGCGAUAACUUGCGCCUGAAGCUAGCCAUGGCUCACAAGUCUCUGGCAAGCUUGUUUGAGAGCCGAGCUUGUGAGAAGGAGAACCAAAAUGAAGACAAAAAGACCUGGAAGAAGAUGAAGCUGCCUAAAGAGACAGAUAUACUAAAGAGAACAUAUUCUGUUCCUGCGUCAGUUAGUAAGUUAAGUCACAUCCAGAAUGACUUUGUCGCUCAGAAUGGACUGGAUUUCCAGGAAUCACUGGAUCAGAACUUGAAAAACACAUGGCACUCGGAUCCACUUAGCAAAAAGACUCCAUCACCCCAGGACGCUGCAGGGACUGAACCUGAGAUGGAAUCUGAUGACAGCUCAAUGCUAAACGGACUCUCGCCGGACUCUGAUCAAGCCUCAGUAGAUGCUUUUGAGGCUGAAGAAGAUGAGGAUAGUUUUCAUGCUCAUGCCAUUCAUCCCACUGUUUUCGCUCUUGCCAGCCAGCUGUCUCCAUCCUGGGCCAGAUCUCUAGGUUCCUUUGAAAGCCUUGACACACCGAUGAGGCCAAUGAGUCCUAAACCUCAAAGUCCUGGAAUGUGGACCCACCGGAGGAGCUUCCGUUAUCCUUCGAGGUCCGUAGCCUCUUCUCUCUGCUCUCUGGGUCAGGGCCAGAGUAUGGAGGGCCUUUCAGAUCGCCCACAGGUGACAAACACUUUCAGACCUAGAGACCCACAACUAGCAUCGGCCCACUCCUUCGACUCUGAGUACUUACUUGAGGACAGCAGUUCAGAUAGCCAGUCCCAGACCAGCCUGGUUUCCACCAACUCUGGCAACGACUCUGAGCAUGUGCGGGAUGGCAGUAGAGCAGGAGUCCAGCAGGCCGAUAGGAGGCUACAAGGGACUUCCGGCGUGCUACGAAUGAGGCGUCAAGAACGGCGAGUUCCGAGGCCCGUCUCAGACAUUUGUGGCUGGACUUCACAUCUCAAAGACAUUGGAGAAGUGGUCGCAGACCCUCCGAAUAAGAGAGAGGGCACCAAAACACAGCAGCGCUCCUGCUCAGAUGAGCUGCUGUCCGACCUCGGGAAGAGCAAGAAGACCCAGAAGAUAAAACUGACUGUGCAGAGGAGUCUCAGCCAGCUUAGCGCUUCACAUGCUGAGGAGCCUGAGAAAGGCCGAGUGAGACUUUCCUUCACGUCUCCAGAGCAGCUGUCCUCCCCGUCUCUCAGAGAUCACUUCUUCUCUCAGAGCACCCCCACCGGCCUGGACUGCCUCGGCUGGCCACGUCGCGUCUCCUUCUCAGCGUUGGUCAUCACUGACGGACCGCAGGACAAGUCCGGCCUGGGAGAUGAAGUGGGCAGCGAGGACGAUCUUUACAACGAGUUCCGCAGCUCGGCCAAUCGCUUCGGCCAUCCAGGAGGAGGAGGAGGAGAGCAGCUGGCCAUAAACGAGCUGAUCAGUGAUGGCAGUGUUUGUGCCGAGGCUCUGUGGGACCACGUCACCAUGGACGACCAGGAGUUGGGCUUCAAGGCCGGUGAUGUCAUCGAAGUAGUGGAUGCCACCAAUAAGGAGUGGUGGUGGGGUCGAGUGCUGGACAGCGAGGGAUGGUUCCCCGCCAGCUUCGUCCGGUUACGUGUGAACCAAGAUGAGCCGAUGGAUGAUUAUCUGGCGCAGCUGGAGGGAGCUCCAGAGGGGGGCGCUGGCGUGUGCCGCUCGCUGGGGCCCGGCCUCCCCUGCAAAGAGCAGAUGAGGGCCAACGUCAUCAAUGAAAUCAUGAGCACAGAGAGGGACUACAUCAAACACCUGAAGGACAUCUGUGAGGGCUAUAUCAAACAGUGCCGCAAACGAACCGACAUGUUCACCGAGGAGCAGCUGCGGACGAUCUUCGGGAACAUCGACGAGCUCUACCGCUUCCAGAAGAAGUUUCUGAAAGGCCUGGAGAAAAAGUUCAAUAAAGAGCAACCUCAUCUCAGCGAGAUCGGCUCCUGCUUCCUGGAGAACCAAACAGAGUUCCAGAUCUACUCAGAGUACUGCAACAACCACCCCAACGCCUGCGUGCAGCUCUCCAAACUGAUGAAGAUAAAGAAAUACGUGUUCUUCUUCGAGGCCUGUCGUCUGCUCCAGAAGAUGAUCGACAUCUCUCUGGACGGCUUCCUCCUCACGCCUGUUCAGAAGAUCUGUAAAUACCCUCUGCAGCUGGCGGAGCUGCUCAAAUACACCAACCCUCAGCACAGAGAUUAUAAGGAUGUGGAGGCUGCUUUAAACGCCAUGAAGAACGUGGCCAGGCUGAUCAAUGAGAGGAAGCGCCGUCUGGAGAACAUCGAUAAGAUUGCCCAGUGGCAGAGCUCCAUAGAGGACUGGGAGGGUGAAGAUGUUCUCAGCAGGAGUUCUGACCUGAUCUUCUCAGGAGACCUCACUAAGAUCUCUCAGCCUCAGGCGAAGGGCCAGCAGCGCAUGUUCUUCCUCUUCGAUCACCAGCUGGUCUUUUGCAAGAAAGAUCUGCUGCGGCGGGACAUUUUGUACUACAAGGGUCGCCUGGACAUGGAUGAGAUGGAGGUGCUGGACGUGGAGGACGGUAAAGAUAAAGACCUGAACGUGAGCGUGAAGAAUGCGGUGAAGCUCGUCUCUCCGGGCAGAGAGGAGGUCCACCUGCUGUGUGCCAAAAAACCUGAGCUGAAACAGCGGUGGCUGCGAGCCUUCAGGGACGAGAGGGAGCAGGUCCAGCAUGACCUGGACACGGGAUUUUCCAUCACAGAAGUGCAGAAGAAGCAGGCCAUGCAGAACGCAUGCAAAAGCCAUCCUGCUGGGAAACCCAAAGCCCUGCAGCACCUGCUGGCCCUCAAAGCUCCUCCACUCCUCCGCUCAAAAAGCUCCAAGUGCCUCCAUUUCCCAGAAUCCCCAGCCAGGGCGCCCCUAGUUUCUCCUCUGCUGCCUGAUGUUCCCCGGUUCAGGCUGGGCUGGGGCAUUAGAGCGCCCCCUGGAGUCCUGCGUAGGGCUUUUUCCUGGGUGUCCUCUCAGAAUAGAGAGCUCCAGUAGACAGGGCGGUGACGAGGCCCUAUUAUGACUUGUUGUUGCGUCAGAAGCACCCGGCGCUGCCCGCCUCUCUGCCCCAGCAGCAGGUCAUCAUGCUGGCCGAACCCAAACGUAAAACCUCCAACUUCUGGCACAACAUCGGACGCUU